CAGAUGAGCUGAGUAGCGAAGACUACCAAGUAGCGCUGUUAGGAAUCGAACCUAUCCUUCGUUAAGUAACCUACUGAUCUCACCCAGCUGUUCGCGCUAUGCGUUUCAAGGAUAAAUCUCGACAUGUACCUAUCCCAAAGGCAUUGCAUUAUAUGGCACAACUAAUUGACCAUGCAAACCCCUACUUUGGGCUGAUACAGUUAUCUAGCACUUCAUUCUAUCUUAACCUACCUACAAUACCCGUCUGUUUCGUGAUGUCCUCCCAGUUUUGCACGAGCUUUCUCAACCCGGACCGAUCUCACUAGUCGAAAAAUUUCGCUAGCCGCGACAAAUCGGGAAGGCGAAUAGCUUCUGGCUUCUUGGCCGCGUGCCCUCCGCCAACAGGGUUCCCUAACUGUCGCACGGGUUCGGCUCUUAUUAUAACUCCUGUUAUGAUCGAUGCAGGGGCCCUCGUCGCACCGGGACCAGCAACCUCGGAUGGUUUCUUGACCGUCCGUACGAAAACGACGACGAUGGCGGCGCGUCGACGCGUUCCUUGCUCCUUCCCCCGUGUACUUGUUACGGUCGAGCCUCUCCCUCCACCAUGAGAUUCCUCAGUCUGCUCUCUGCCUCGCUGGCCACUUGCGUCGCUAUCGUGGUCGCUGGUACUGCGCCGGAGGCGGAGCUGCCAAUCUCGGCGAGAUCGGGCGAGGUCGAAUCGGAUUGGACUGCCGUCUUCUACGAUACCGCGCAGCCGAAGCUCGUCGGAAACGAUGGUGGCGCCGGCACUGGCGGCUUCCGCGUAUUCGGUCUGAAUGGCGAGGACUUGUUGUCGGAGACGAAGCAUGAGAAGCCCGGCCGCACGAAGCUCGUCACGACGGUAUAUGCCGUCGGCGGCAACGAUCUUAUUGUCACCAUCGCCCAGCCGGACUCGUACUUCCGCCUCUACGACGCAACCACUGUACAGCAAGUCGGCGAGCCUCUGGCGCGUACCCUUGGCGACUGGUCGGCGCUCUGCUCUUGGAGGAGCCAAACCAGCGGACAGCAGUACCUGUACCUGUUCGGAAAGCGCCAGGCCGUACAGUUUCUCCUCAGGAAGACGAGCGACUCUUUCGAAAUCGUCGAGAUCCAGACGUUCGAAACCCCGAUCGAGGCUUCGUCAUGUGCCGUGUCGUUCUCUGCACGCUCCGUCUACUUCUCCGGCGACGAUAGCCCUGAUGUGUACACGUUUAACACAACUGAGAGCACUGCGGCACCGAAUAUCAGCGUCCCGGGAGAGGCUGAUGACGAUGUCACCGGGUUAGCUACUUACAUAGGCCUCGAUUCGGACUAUCUCUUGGUAGCGCUAGAAGAUUCUGUCGCAGUUUACGAUACCUCCUUGGCUUUACUAGGUUCUAUGAAGCUGACUGGAGACGAUGACAUCGAAGUCCAGGGACUGAGUGUUUACCAAGCGCCGACGCAGAAAUACCCGGCUGGCGCACUGGUAUACGCCAUCGAAAGCGACGCCGGGGCCGGGUUUGCCGUAAGCUCCUUGGAGGCGGCUUUCGUCGAACUGGGACUUGAAUUGAACACUGCAUAUAACCCCCGCAAGAAGCUCUGCAAGCCGACGGACCCCGUUUGUGCUCAGUGUAACUCUAGCGGAUUUUGCCUGGGAGCCGAGGGCGUGAACGAGCCCUCGUGCGCGUGCUUUGCAGGAUUUGAGGGCGCGAAUUGUGCAGCUUUUACCUGUCGAAACGACUGCUCGGGCCAUGGGGAGUGCGUAGGCGCGAACACGUGCCAGUGCGACGAGGGAUGGGGCGGUCUCUACUGUGGCUUCAAAGUGGCGCGACCUGUCGCCGAGACGGACGCGAAUGGCGGCGACGGCGACGACCCGGCGAUCUGGAUCUCUCCGACGGAUAAGUCCGAAUCGAGAAUCAUCACUACGACGAAGUCGGAGGUGGGUGCAGGGCUCGGUGUAUUUGACCUGAGCGGAAAAUUACUGCAGACAAUCCCAGCUGAAGAGCCCAACAAUGUCGAUAUCAUCUACAAUUUCCAGGCUGGUGAUCGGGUCAUCGAUCUGGCCUACGCUGCUUGCAGAGCGGACAAUACGCUAUGCCUCUUCGAAAUGACCGCCGACGGGACUCUCAAGACGAUCGCUGGUGGCAUACAGCCCACCAAGGACGAUUAUGAUGUAUAUGGUAGUUGCGUGUACCGCUCGCGCAAGACUGGCAAGCAAUAUCUCUUCGCUAACGCCAAGACUGCUGAAUACCUUCAAUUCGAAUUGUCGUGGGUAGAUGAUGCGCUGCAGACGACUCUAGUGCGCAAUUUCACCGGCGGUAGCGGCGGUCAGGUAGAGGGUUGCGUGUCCGAUGAAGCAAACGGAUGGGUAUUCAUCGGCGAGGAACCGCGUGCUCUUUGGCGCUAUGGCGCUGAGCCGGACGAUGAUUCUAGCGAGGGUUUCCUCAUCGGCGAAGUUGGCGACGGGAAGAUGUUCGCAGACGUCGAGGGUGUGACGUUGGUCGAGGGCCCUUCGGCGGACAAGGGGUUCAUUAUCGUCAGCCAACAAGGAGUCAGCGCGUACAACGUGUAUCGGCGGGCGGCCCCGCAUGAAUAUGUCGAGACCUUCACGAUAUACGAGAACUCCGAGCUGGGGAUCGACGCAGUGACUAACACGGACGGGGUUGCCGCCGUUGGCGCCUCGCUAGGCGCCGCGUUCCCCGACGGACUGGUCGUCGUCCACGACGACGCUAACGAGGUCCCCGAAGGGGGCACGAGUGACGAGGCGAGCUUCAAGCUAGUCAAGCUGGGAGACGUCCUCGAAGCCGAGCUGCUCGAGGAAGUCGAUAAGAAUUGGGAUCCUCGCGCGGUAUAGCGAACGACAUAGCAGAAACUCGAGAGUGGCUAGAUUUACUAUGAAUCUAUUCAUUGAACUUUCGAAAAGAAUACGUG